AUGCUCCAUUUCUGGAAACAGCAGGCAUCCUUCAAGCCGGCCGAGGUCCGGAGUGCCGACCUGCAUGGACAAACGGCCGUUAUCACCGGCUCCAACACCGGCGUCGGGUUCCACACCGCCCGGCAGCUGCUGGAUCUAGGGCUGACGAGACUCAUUCUCGCCGUUCGGAACGAAGACAAGGGCAACGCGGCCGCUGCCCGGUUAUACGAGGCUUGUGAGCUCGCUGAGGGAACCGCCAUUGAGGUUUGGCCACUUGACCUCUCCUCGUACGAGUCGGUCAUGGCCUUUGCUCAACGCGCGCAGAGCCUCAACCGGUUGGAUAUCGUCAAUCUCAACGCGGGUAUUGGCCCCGCCAAGCGCGUCUUCAACGCCAACACCGGCCACGACGAGGUGAUCCAGGUGAACUAUCUUUCCACGGCACUCCUGGCGGUUUUGCUCCUGCCUGUCGCUGAAGAGAAGAGGUCCAACCAGCCGCGGCCUAGUUGCAUCACCCUGACGCUAUCUGAGGUUGCGUCUUGGACCAAAUUUACUGAACAAACGGAGACUUCCCUGCUGAAGUCCCUAGACAGCAAGCAGGGCAAAGUCGAUAUGCUGGAUCGUAUGUGUGUGUCCAAGCUGCUGGGGCAGUUUCUGCUCGUGCAGCUGGCGGCCGCGGUGCCACCUUCGGUCGCUUUGAUCAAUGGGGCCUCGCCAGGGGCCGUCCACGAUUCCGAAUUUGGCCGAGAAUUUCACAAGACAUUCGCGGGAGCUGUUUACAAGAAACUCGUCCUGAAGCAUUUGGGUAACUCAUCCGAGAUGGCCGCCUGGGCGAUGACAGACGCUAUUGUCAACCAUGGCAACGAAACCCACGGAAAGUUCUUGUCUUUCCAAAAGGUCGCGCCCAUGGCUCCUAUUGUCUCCUCAGAGCGGGGACAGCAGGUAUCAGACCGACUCUGGAAGGAGACGAUGGAAGAGCUGUCGUUUGCCAACGUAGAGGAGAUUUCGAUGUCCUGGAAGUCCGAUACGCAAAUCGCCUUUGAGAAAUGCACGUCUCUAUUCCCGCACAAGCAAUAUCCCAUUUGA